CGGUCACGCUGUUCCAUGGCUCGGCACUACUUUAAAACAACAACAAGUGCAAAAUAGCUUCCCGAAUAUUUGUUAUUAACUUAAUGCUGUUCCAUCCACGACACACACAAACAACAGCAUGGGCAUUCUAGAGAAGAUUGCUGAGAUUGAGCGUGAAAUUGCACGCACGCAAAAGAACAAAGCCACUGAAUAUCAUUUGGGUCUGCUGAAGGCUAAAUUGGCAAAAUAUCGCUCGCAGCUGUUGGAACCGUCAAAGAAAGGCGAAAAGGGCGAGGGCUUUGAUGUGCUCAAAAGCGGAGAUGCGCGAGUCGCGCUCAUUGGAUUCCCCAGUGUGGGCAAGUCCACAAUGUUAUCCACACUAACGAAAACGGAGUCGGAAGCAGCCAACUACGAGUUCACCACGCUCACCUGUAUUCCCGGUGUCAUCGAGUACCAAGGAGCCAACAUACAGCUGCUCGAUUUGCCGGGUAUCAUUGAAGGUGCCGCCCAGGGCAAGGGUCGUGGUCGUCAGGUUAUCGCCGUGGCACGUACUGCGGAUUUGGUACUGAUGAUGUUGGAUGCCACGAAGCCGAAUGUUCAUCGGGAGUUGCUCGAAAGGGAGUUGGAAUCUGUGGGCAUAAGGCUGAAUAAAAGGAAACCAAACAUUUACUUCAAACAGAAAAAGGGCGGCGGCCUCAGCUUCAAUUCGACCUGCGCCUUGACGCGCUGCAGCGAGAAAAUGGUGCAAAUGAUUCUGCAUUCAUUUAAGAUUUUCAAUGCUGAGGUUUUGUUCCGUGAGGAUUGCACAGAGGAUGAGUUCAUUGAUGUAGUCACGGCCAAUCGCGUCUAUCUGCCUUGUUUGUAUGUGUAUAAUAAGAUUGAUCAGAUCUCCAUUGAGGAGGUGGAUCGGCUGGCCAAACAGCCGCACUCCAUUGUCGUCAGCUGUAACAUGAAGUUGAACUUGGAUUACAUGCUGGAGGCACUCUGGGAGGCUCUACAACUGAUUCGUGUGUACACUAAGAAGCCUGGUGCACCGCCAGACUUUGAUGAUGGUUUAAUCUUGCGGAAGGGCGUCAGCGUGGAGCAUGUUUGCCAUGCCAUUCACAGAACUCUGGCUGCGCAAUUCAAAUACGCUUUGGUCUGGGGCACAUCAACGAAAUACUCGCCACAGCGUGUGGGUAUUGCCCAUGUGAUGGCCGACGAGGAUGUCAUCCAAGUGGUCAAGAAAUAAGACGGCUGCAUUCAAGAGCUGCAUUUGUUGUUGGUCAACAGCUUGAUAUCAAUUGGGUUGAAAUAUAUUCUAUUCUAUAUAAA